CCACCCUAUAAGACUCUCUUUCGAUAAAGAACUAUGUUCAAGUACAGGCGCUAAGAUACGGGGGUCGACACUUUAAAAGAGUUUCAUCAGUCGAAUUCAUAUAUAUCUUGCGAGCAAUAUUUGUUUGAAAAGGACAAAUAUUUUUUUUUCUUCCAACUCUUGAUUAUGAUUAACUAUUUAAGCUACUAUUGUGCGCGAGUGUUGUGUUAAAUUUUAAAAAUUUUAUUUUUUAACUAAAUAUAUAUUUGUGUUUAAUUGUAAAUUAAUUUAAAUUAAUAGAGAUACGUGUUGCUAGUAACACUUUCGGAGAAAAUGUUAAAACGGUUCACAAUCACUCGGAUCUUGGUGUCCGUUACUUUUUGUGCACUACUGAUAGGAAAUUUUAAUGUUGGCAUUAGUGGAAUACAAUAUCAACCUCUUGAGUACUACAGUGAUGGGGGAGAAUGUGCACUAGUCCUUGAUGGUCCUGGAAGAACAAGCACAUUUGAUUACACUUUCAAUUUGCUUCGAGGAACGUACCCACCGAAUGUUGGUGGACACUCGUGCAUUACUUACGAGGCCAUAAACCAUGCCUACCUCGAAGCCAAGAAGCGAAUUCGAGUCGCUCAACCCAAAACAAAUAUUUGGAAACCCGAUGAAUUGGCAACAGUUGGUGAACUACUUUUGGACAUUUCGACUCAAAUUGCCCAAAUGUACGGUCUUACAAGGGAAGAAAUUGAAACACGUCUUCCGCUGAUCGAUACAUCCAAGACUCUUAUUUACGAGGUGUGUCCACCUUUCUUAAGAGAUGUAGAGUGUCGAGCUGGUAAAUAUCGUCGCUUCGAUGGUCUCUGUACAAACUUGGAGAACCCUACAUGGGGUGCAUCGUUAUCGCCAUUUGCGAGAUUGCUGCCUCCUCGUUUUGCGGAUGGAAUGUCAGCGCCAAGAAUAGCAAAAUCUGGUCGUAAUUUGCCACUAUCACGUAUUGUCUCACGUACUAUGCAUCCUGACGAUGGUUUUCACGAUCACGCGGGAACCGUCAUGGUUAUUGCUUGGGGCCAAUUCAUGGAUCACGACUAUACCCUCACUGCCACUCCUCUCGAUCCUUUUAAUCGUAAUGAUCCGGAAGAAUGUUGUAAUCGACCACCACAUCAAAAGCAUCCAUACUGCAAUGAAAUUCAUAUUCCCGAGGAUGAUUAUUUUUAUCGUCUAUUUAAUGUUCGUUGUAUGGAUUUUGUUCGCGCUUUUCCAUCAGUACGUCCAGGCUGCCGUCUUGGAAGUAGAGUUCCUUUCAAUCUACUUACAGGUGUUCUCGACGGGAAUACUGUUUAUGGAGUAACAGACUUUCAUGCCAGAAAACUUCGAACUGGCUAUGGAGGACUUUUGAGGAUGAAUCCAGUAUUUUCUGAAUAUGGACUGAAGGACCUGUUGCCCCUUAAGUUAGACAUUCCCGAUGAAGGCUGCACACGACCAAAUGAUUCAAUGUUCUGCUUCGAGGCUGGGGAAAUUCGAGUAAACGAACAAUUGGUACUCGCUUGUAUGCAUACCCUCAUGGCUAGAGAACACAAUAGAGCUGCAAAAGCUUUGACUAAAGUAAAUCCUCAUUGGGAUGAUGAGACUCUCUUCCAGGAAGCUCGACGUAUUGUCAUUGCUGAAAUACAACAUGUUACAUAUAAUGAAUUUUUACCUAUUUUAUUGGGCAAAGAUGUCAUGGAGAAAUUUGGAUUACUACUACAAAAAAAUGGACAUUGGAAUGGAUAUGAUUCAAAAGUUAAUCCCACUGUUAUUGAUGCCUUCGCUUCGGCAGCUUUUAGAUUUGGACAUUCACUACUACCAACUGCUGUUGAGAGAUGGAGUAAGGCACACAAAUUCAUCGCUUCAAAGAGAUUGUCAGAUCUCAUUAGGAGACCUUAUGAUCUCUAUCGUGCCGGUGUUAUCGAUGAAUAUUUCAUGGGACUGAUGAAUCAAGUUGCUCAGGCUAUGGACGAUUCUAUUACACAAGAAGUAACAAAUCAUCUUUUUAAAAAAGUCGGUGCUAAAUUUGGCAUGGAUUUGGUUUCAUUUAAUAUGCAGCGAGGUCGUGAAUUUGGUAUACCAAGUUACAUGGAAUUCAGAAAAUUCUGUGGGCUUCCGGGUGCAAGCUCUUUUGAAGAACUUUUUGGAUCAAUGCCAAAUGAAACUAUUCGUCGAUACAGCUCCAUUUUCGAAAGUCCAGACGAUGUUGAUCUUUGGUCUGGAGGAGUAUCCGAAAGACCUCUUCCAGGUAGCAUGUUGGGACCAACUUUUGCAUGCAUUAUUGCAACACAAUUUAGUAACUCAAGGCGGGGUGAUCGAUUUUGGUAUGAACUUCCAAAUCAACCGUCGUCCUUUACUCCUGAACAAUUGACUGAACUUCGAAAAACAAGACUAGCUCGAUUAAUCUGCGAUAAUACAGAUCUUAUUGACACCAUUCAAAUUUAUCCCAUGGUAUUGCCAGAUCAUGAAAUAAAUCCUCGAGUUCCAUGUCGAACUGGUAUUUUACCUGGAAUUGAUUUUUCCAAAUGGGCUGAAUUUCCCAAUAGAGCAUCUGCAUACGUGAGUAAUGUACCAGGACAAUAUGGCUUUUUGGGCAAAUAAUUGUAGAAAUUUAUCACAAUAGUAGGUAAAUAAUAAGCACUUUUCAUCAUGUAUUUAAGUAUAAAUUUGUUUAAAAAUAAUUAAGUUUCUAGAUGAAUAAUAAUUUUAAACUGAAUCAAUUUUAUAGAUUAAUUAUUUAUCUAUCUAGAAACUCAAUUAUUCACGAAUAUAUAUACUUCUUCUUAUGGUUAAAUAUAAUAUGAAGUCAAUCCACAAAUAUAGUAGAAUAGUAUAUAAAUAGGAUACAUAUUUCGUUUAACAAUCUAAAGGAAAUAUUUUCCUAUACUAAUAAAAAUUUAGAAUCAUUAUUUUAUUAUUAUAAUAAUAAUAAUUUAAGACAAGUAAACAGCAGUGUGCAAAUCAGUUUCAAGUCACAAUGAUCAUUUUUAUAUUUUUUUUUUCUACACAAAAAAAUUUCACAAGUAAUAUAUCCUUUUUUGAGAAUCAAUUUUUUUGUUUUUUUUAUUACAAGUAAUAAAUGUAAAAUUUAUAAAAAAAAUUUGUAUAUAUAUAUAAAUUUUUUUUAAAAUUUGCAACUUUAUGAAACAAAAAAAAUUUAAGAUUUAGAUUAUUGUAGUUAGUGAAUUAAUAAUUAAGUGGGCUAGAAUGUUGCCAGUUUUAUACUUGACGGGCAUUGCCACAAUUUUUUUUUCUUAAAUGUUUAAAAAAAUACAAGUAAAAUUUUUCAAAUCUUGUUAAUCAAAAAAAAAAACAUGACUGACAUAUUAUAUUCAAACUUCAGUUUGUAAUUUUCUUUUGUAAGUCUUAUUAUCAAUGAUUUGCCAUAUAAAUGUUUAUAAAUAUAAUGAUAAUUACUAUAUAUGUAUGUGUAAUUUAAGUAGCAAUUUAGAACUUAUGAUAAAGUGUAAGAUUAUUUUUUUUUAAUUAUUUUUGCCAUAGUUAUAGUUUAGAUUAUUGAAUAAUUUCCUUUUUCUUUUAAUAUCUUGUUUUGUGGCAAUUUCGUUACAGUUAAAAUAAAACAGCUUUCUGUAGAAAAAUCAAACUAAAAAAUUUUAAUAGGCAUUUCUCUUAAUUUUUUUUUUACUUUUUUAUUUUUAUACUUGUUUAUUUAUUACUAUAUUCCAUUAUUAUAAAUAUUUAUAUUUUUACGCCAUUGUAUAAAUAGAUUCUUCUUCUUUUUUUUAAACAUUGAUAGUAUUUUAAGUAUAAUUAGAAAAUGAUCAUUCUAAAAUUGUUAAUAAUGCUUCAUUAUUUAUGAUAAACUUAUAAAAUGCAUUUUAAGAAUGAAUGUAAUGAAUCAUAAUAUUUUUAAUAUAUAAUUAACAAUUAAGAAUUUUUGUUUUUAAACAAGAUAAGAAAAAUAUAGUAAAUGAAUAUAUAAUUUUUUUCACCUGCUGAAUACUCUAAUAUAAAAAGAUGUUUUUUCAAUAAAAAUUAGAGAAAAGAACUUUUAAACUAAGAAAUAAAAAAAGAAGAGAGAAAAAAAUAUUUGUUUAGUUUUUUUUUCUUUGCUCAAAUUCUGGUACAUAUGACUGAUAUAAGAUAGCACUUUUAUUUUUGAAGAGAAGUGUUAUUAAGUGCUUCUUUAUAUUUAAUUUCAAACUCUUCUCUAUUUACGGAAACGUUUUCCAUUUUUAAAAGAUAAAAUUUGACUGUCACUUAAUAGCAGGCAGAGACAAACUAAAUUUUAUUUCCAAUAUUACUCUCUAAAUUUGAAUUAGUGACUAUUGGCUUAUUCCUAUCGCAGAGUAUGCAGCUGGGAUUAAGUUAAUAGUCACUAAUUCAAAAUAGCGACUAUUCGCUAGUAAUUAGCGAAUUUUCACUAAUUUAAAUAGUGAAAAUUAGCGAAUAGUCACUAUUUUAAUCAGCCCAGAUUAUGCAGCUGGGAAUAAGCGAAUAGUCACUAAUUCAAAAUUAUAUAUGUCGUAGGCCGAUAGACAUUUCAGGCCGUUAGUCAAAAUCCUGGCUUAUAUUCUAAUGGCCGGCCAGUAGACAAUAGCAUAGGCCAUUAGCCGAAUAACUUGCUGGAUGGCUACUAGCCUGACAAUUUUUAGGCCAUUAAAAGAAACAAUUUAUAGGAAACAAUAAUAAUUUAACGAUUUCAUGUUCAAAUUUCUAUUUUUAUUUUAAAUUUUAUUUAUUGCAACACGAAGAACUCAAAUGGCAUCGUGAGUUGCACAAAAUAUUUGCCUUAAAACAAGCACUUUUUUUUGUUUUUUUCCCUCACAUUCUAUAAGAGAUGUAAUAACGUUUAACUCGUGCAUUUUAUUCCACACUGACCUAUUACUUGCUGCAUUUUUGUCAUAAAAGGUGAACAAUUUAGCUUCAAAUGCGCCACGAUUUACAAUAUUUUCGGUCAUAUUGUGACUGAAUUAAACAAAAGUUAUUUGAAAACUAAAACUUAUUUUCAAAAUUAUUCUCUUUGGUAAAUGUAAGAACAAUACCUACCUCGUUUCCUCAUUAGGCAAUUACUAAUAUUUAUAUUAAUUAACGUGUGUUGAAUUAUAAUGUAAACAGAGUUUCUUCUAACGGCCUGAAGAAUGUCAGUCUAGUAGCCCAUUAGCGCAGUAUUCUACUGGCCGGCCAUUAGAGAAUAAGCCAGGAUUUUGGCUAACGGCCUGAAAUGUCUAUCGGCCUACGACAUAUAUAUGCAAUGAAAAAAAAUCGAUUUUUUGACCCAUGAAAAGGUAUAUAACCCCUUAAUAAAAUUCAAAAUUUACUGCGAUCACGGAAUAGAGUUUUCUUUGUGUCGAAUGAUUAAUCAAUAUUGAUAGACAAAUGACAAAAUUAGAUUUGAAAUUGAAAGUACCUAAUAUUUAUUUUUUGAGUAAAAUAAGUUUCAUGCAUAUAGUAACGAAAUGGAGUUUUUGCACCAUAUCAAUUCACUGAGAAAACUGUUUGGUAUCAUGUAUCAAAGUUUGGUUGUCCCUACCAAAUUUUUUAUUUGAUAUAUGUGCAACUAACCAGUUUGGUUGGGAGUACUAAAUUUAUUUGUCCAACCGUUAAAUUUCGCUCAAUUGAAUUAUUUAGUAGGUGUAACCAAAUAAUUUAGUCUACGUAAUAAAUACAUUUAUUAGAAUGAAAAAAAAUGUUCUGUUGGCGUAAAUAAAAUUUAGUUAUUUCAACUUACUGUUUUCGUUGAUUAAAAAAAAUUUUUUUGUAGAAAUAACUAAAUAAUUUAUUUUAUAUAAAAUAGUUUAUUUGGUCAUUUUUACGAUUUUGUAUAAAAAAUAAGGUAUUUUAAUUCAAGAGAGAUGAGAUUGAUAAUAUAACUUUAUUAAAUUCAUUAUGCUUAGACAUUACAAAAAUAAUUUAUCUUCCCGUAAGUACACACUACGCGCGUUUCAUGAAAUAUCUCAAAAUGAUAUCGCAUAAAAUUGAGGAGCAAGUUUUCAAAAGUUGAUACAGAAUGCCACGAGGCAUUCUAACCCCCAUUCUCUUAGCAAACGUUUUGUCACUUCGUCAGCCAUUCUUUCGAAAUAAAAGAAACACUUUCAGUACACUUUUAAAAAAUAAAUAUUUAUAAAACUUUAAUGACACUGCUACGAUAAUAGACCAGCCGAACAAUAAAAACACAUGACAUAAAUGAUCGGAUAAGCAUAACGCGGAAGAGGUCCACGACUGACUAUAGGCCCUACGACCGACGCCACAUUUUCGAGAACAGCGCGUGCGCAAUUCUGCGUGCCAGCGAUUUAGUACGGAGAACCAAACUGUUUAGUUCGUAGACAUGAAACCUUCAAAAAUAUUUUUUGGUAGAGCAAACUAAAUUUUUCGAUUGAUUGCCACUUUCUUUUCUGUUGUGACAACCAUACUUUAGUAAGGCCAACUAAAAAUGCUUAACUAAAUUAUUUUCUUAUUAUUACGAUAUUAUUUUUCUCAGUGCAUACGAAUAUUUCAGAUAAUAUGAAAUUUGUUGUAUCUUUUAUAAUCUCUUGAAGAUUAUGUUUAUAAUAAAUUACUUUUUAUCGCACAUACGCGUAAUCAUAUUUAUUUCCGUUGCCUAAAUCAAUUUCGGUUCUAACAGUAUGCACUAUUUUGAAUUUUGAAAUUCUGACUUCAGAUGCGUAAUCAGCAAUCUCAAAAAUGGUAGAUUAGUAAAGUUAUUAUUGUAUUUUUAUUUUUAAAAUAAUUCACUUCAACCUUAUGUGUUUUCUAUGUAGUUAAGUAAUCUAGAUUUUAGUUUAUAAAAAAAGUGCUAUCUUAUUUAGUCAUCAUUAAGUUUAGCUCCUUUUAUUAGGGAAAUUAUCAUUUUAAUUUUUUUCUAAUGAAACUUAAUUUAAAAAAUAAAAAUAAGUUUUUAUAACUUUUAUAACCUUUUCACAAUCAAAGUUUACGUUAAGUACUACUAUAAUGGUUUUAUAUGUUUCUCAUUAUUUUAUAAGAUGACGAAUAUACAUACAUAUAACAAUUUUAACUUAAGUUAUUUAGCAAAUGUUAAUCAACUAUCGACACUGAUUAUUCACGUAUUGCAAUUUAAUGAAAACAUGAAUGCAAUUAUUGUUUAUUUUAAGUAUGUUCUUCACAUAUAUUGCUAAGUAAAUAUAUUUGCCUAACUAAAGUAUUACCGAAUGUAGAUUGUAAAUAUGUUUAAUAUAAAUAAAGAAAACAUGAUAGAAAAUUAAAAUUAUCAAAUUCUUUGUUCUCUCUGAAGAGGGCGAGCUAAGAGGCAAAAAUUUAUAGGUUAUGUUUAUGAAAUUUAAAAUAAAAAUACACAAAGACGAUCAAAAUAAAAAUGUUUAAAUCUUUAUUACGUCAAAAAUAAAAACGGAUUUUAAUUCUAUAUAAUAAUUGAAAAUUACUUUUAAUGUUUUAAUUAAGAAAAAACUAUACUUUGUAGACAUAACCUAUAAUUUAUUGAUAAAUUUCAUUACAUUCAUAACUUAUAAUUUUUUGCUAUUAUGUCUCUUUCUUCAGAGCAAAAAGAGUGCCUUUCUUCUUUGUUAAUUUCUACAAAAUUUUGAAUUGGAUAUUUUAUAUUUAAUUUUUAAAUUUUCAUGUUUUCUUGAAGCAGUAGAUAAUUUUUUCGAUAAAUAUCAUAUAAAAAUGUACAUAAAUUCAAUAAGUAAAAUAAAUCAGUUUCAUAAAUAA